AUUACAGGCUCAUUGGAAGGCAAAAUAACUGUAGAAUAGGAUAUCAUUUUUGUUACAACUUCAGAGGAACAUCUUCUGUCACAGUUAAACUCAGAUUCAUCCUAAUCUCCUGAGAUGAAGUUGAAUUUCUUCGUUUCCGCUGUGGCUCUACUUGGUGCCUUCCAACCCCGCUAUGAAUGUAGAGCUAUUGAAACCCCCAGAGCACUUGAUCCAUUCCACAAUCUACAGGCAGAGCUGCAACAGCAACUCCCUAUUCUUCUGCGACUAGGAGAGGAAUACUUCAUUCGACUUGACAACUCCAAUCAAAAUUCACCCCAGUCUUCAUUGUCGAAUACAUCUCCUGGAGCUUCUGCGCGGUCAACAACGGUCAACAGGGCUUUACUUCAGUUUACGCAGCGUCUUCUGCAAGGUAAAGUCGGUAACAGCAAUCGGUUUCUGAACAGCUACGCUAACCAGAUGGAUGAUUCCACUGAGAGAGGAAAGCGGACCUGGCCGGGCGAAGAGCCACCGAUCUCAUUGGACCUGACGUUCCAUCUGCUGAGGGAAGUUCUAGAAAUGGCUCGAGACGAGCAAUUAGUUCAGCAGGCGUAUAGUAACCGGAAAAUGAUGGACAUAUUCGGGAAAUAAAAGUGUUAGAAAUACAUUUACCAAAUACAUUGUGUACAUCUUACAUAAACUGUACGUUACUAUUCCAUUUUUGUUUUACUCUUGAAUUGGUUAACUUUCGUUCUUUCAGUUAUUAUUUUUUUAUUGAUUUGUAAAAUCGAGUUGUAAUUCGCUUUGUAGUUAUUACAUAGUGUGAUGAGAAAUAGGCAAGGCCAGUUGAAAUGCUGAACACAAAUAUCCUUUAAUGUUCUUUAACUUAUAUUCAAGCAUAACGUAUUUUGUAUAUAUUGUCCAAACAUUCAUCCUCUCUCUCUGGAAUUCCCUCUCAUUGUACAACUGCUUCAAGUUUGAUAAUAAAACAGGCCAAUCAUAUGACUAUCAGCAACCAACCAUAUCUGUUGUGCAAGAGAAUGUCUGAUAUUUAUAUUUGUAAUAAAAAAGUUUCCAAAGUUAUAUUCAUUGCUUGCUGUGUAGACUAAAUUGAGUGUUUUAAUACAUUGAGACGUUUUUCUGACUCACGCGUAAAUCUAUUGCCAAAAUGUGUGCCAAAUUACGCACGGCUUUCUCAAGACAGAAAUCUGCCCUAUGUUUUUACGGUACUAUAGAAAUGCUAGAGAGGAUUUACAGAGAAAUUACAGUUAUAUAACGGUAACAUAGUAAUGAUUUAAA